UGCAUCGGCAGGCGGACUCUCAACCACUGCGCCACCAGGGAAGCCCAGAUUUACUUUUAAAAAGUAAUUUCUGCCCCCUCUGUAGUCCCAUCUAUUUAAGAAGGUAAGUGAAGAUUCCAUUAAAUAUGGAUGAGAUUUGCUUUGUUCCUCCUCAGUCGUCAAAGCGCGGUGGCCAGUGAAGUUGAAUGAAGCAUGUGGAGAGCCUCAGCUCCCAUAUGUCCAUUCACAGAGCUACCUUUGGCGACUCCUGGGCCUAGCUUCGAGUUGCCUAAGCAACGAUGUCGCCUGCUCCUCCCCACGUAUCCUUUUUUGGUUUUAGCUCCUCCUUCCCCGAGUUGCCUGUUGGGCUGGGAUAGCGUGGAGAAAGUGCGGAUGCGAAUACUAAGCGACUGAAUCGAGCCCUUGUGGGGGCGUGGCUUGAGUUCGUGCUAGUUCGCUACUGGCUCUGUGAUCUACCUGGUCCAUCGCCCGGUAUUUUGGUUGGCAGAUUGGUCCCUUGCUUUUGGCAUUUCUUCCUUCGUUCAGUUUUUUAAAAAACUUAAAUCAGGGCUGUAAUAUUCCUUAUGGGCUCCUAUUUCAAUUUUUAAAUUUAAAUUGUAUUUUAUACAACGCUAUCCAAAUACAGAGGGUUAUUGAUGAAGCUGCAGUCUGCAAAUGGAAGGCUAGAGACUAACCAGCAAGUGGGGACUGGCUUCGUCUGCAGGCAGAUGGUCCCUCUGUCCGCAUCCAUCACCUGUACUCAUAUAUUCAACACAGCGUCUGUCGCCUUCCCUUUCAAGUUCUCCAUCUCUUUACUUCUCUCCUUACCAGUUGGCCUAGCCCCACCAAGCAGAUAUUUUUAUUUCUAUCAACUCCAUUCCCUUCUCCGUGCCUGAGCUCGUGACGAAUGUCCGAGAGCCUAAACAUUAGUUAUCUAGAUUAAAGCGGGGAGGCGCGGUGGGGGCGGCUCAGGUUCGCGCUUGCGCGCUGCUCUGGGAGACGGCGUCCACCUCGCCCCGCCCCUCAUAUUCUGCAGUUCCGGCUCUGCAGAUUCACUGCUCACGUUUCUUUUUACUGCGGCUCUUUCUGCCUUUUGUUUGCCCCCUUUAACAAAGCACGAGACAACUCUACCUGCAAAUAACUUAAAUUGAUUUUCUGCUUUUCUGGGUACUCGGCGGGCUCACCGGCCCUUAACGAAAGUGCGGCUGCGAACGAGCAGGCGCGCACGGGGCUCGGGGGAGGCGCGCUCGAGCUCCCGGCGGCGACGACUACGACGACCAGGAGAGCGGACGGAGGCGGCGCCUGAAGCAGUGGCUGAGCCCAUGCCCCGGGACGGCGGGAGGGCCCGGAGAGACAAGUCCGGGGCCCGGGGCAUGUCCCCAGGGCCCCCGUGAGGAGGUGGCGGCGGCGAUGGAGGUCCCGCCGCAGGAGGCGCCGCCCGAGCCGGGCGCGGACGGCGAAGCCGAGGAGGCCCCCGCCGAGGCCCCGUCUCCCAGCCCCGCAUCGCCCCCGGCCGACGGGCGCCUCAAGGCUGCGGCCAAGCGCGUUACAUUCCCGUCCGACGAAGAUAUCGUGUCCGGAGCUGUGGAACCCAAAGACCCGUGGAGACACGCCCAGAACGUGACCGUGGAUGAGGUCCUUGGUGCCUACAAGCAGGCCUGCCAGAAGCUAAGCUGCAGGCAGAUCCCCAAGCUCCUCAGGCAGCUCCAGGAGUUCACGGACCUCGGGCACCGUAUCGACUGUCUGGACCUGAAAGGUGAGAAGCUCGACUACAAGACCUGCGAGGCCCUGGAAGAGGUCUUCAAGAGGCUGCAGUUCAAGGUCGUGGAUCUGGAGCAGACGAACCUGGACGAAGAUGGUGCCUCAGCCCUCUUCGACAUGAUCGAGUACUACGAGUCGGCCACCCACCUCAACAUCUCCUUCAACAAGCACAUCGGCACCCGGGGCUGGCAGGCCGCCGCCCACAUGAUGCGCAAGACAAGCUGCCUGCAGUACCUGGACGCCCGCAACACGCCCCUGCUGGACCACGCGGCGCCCUUCGUGGCGCGUGCCCUGCGCAUCCGCAGCAGCCUGGCGGUGCUACACCUGGAGAAUGCCAGCCUGUCAGGGCGGCCCCUCAUGCUGCUCGCCACGGCCCUGAAGAUGAACAUGACUCUGCGGGAGCUGUACCUGGCCGACAACAAGCUCAAUGGCCUGCAGGACUCGGCCCAGCUGGGCAACCUGCUCAAGUUCAACUGCUCCCUGCAGAUCCUGGACCUCCGUAACAACCAUGUACUGGACUCAGGUCUGGCCUACAUCUGCGAGGGCCUCAAGGAGCAGAGGAAGGGGCUGGCGACCCUGGUGCUGUGGAACAACCAGCUCACGCACACGGGCAUGGCCUUCCUGGGCAUGACGCUGCCGCACACACACAGCCUGGAGACACUGAACCUGGGUCACAACCCCAUUGGGAACGAGGGCGUGCGGAACCUCAAGAACGGCCUCAUCGGCAACCGCAGCGUGCUGCGCCUCGGCCUGGCCUCCACCAAGCUCACGUGCGAGGGCGCGGUGGCGGUGGCGGAGUUCAUCGCCGAGAGCCCCCGCCUCCUGAGACUGGACCUUCGGGAGAACGAGAUCAAGACGGGCGGGCUCAUGGCACUGUCGUUGGCCCUCAAGGUGAACCACUCUCUGCUGCGCCUGGACCUUGACCGCGAACCCAAGAAGGAGGCGGUGAAGAGCUUCAUUGAGACGCAGAAGGCGCUGCUCGCUGAGAUCCAGAACGGCUGCAGGCGCAACUUCGCGCUGGCGCGGGAGGAGCAGGGGCAGUGCCUGCAGCCGUCGGCCUCCAUGGCCGAGAUCGCUGUCUCUGAGCCCCAGCCAGACGCCGGCGCGCCCGCGGAGGAGCCUGCCACCGAGGCGCAGGAGAACGGGGGCCCCGGCCCCGGCGCCGGGCCGGACUCGGACUCAGACUCAGACUCCGAGGGGGAGGAUGGGGAGGAGGAGGAUGGGGACAGGGCUGAGGCCCCCUGCCCCGCCCUGGUGCCCCCCACGGACUCCCUGGGCCCUGGGGACAGGAGCCCCCCAGGCUGCCCCUCCUCCCCCACCGAGCAGCGCAUUUCCGUGUCCAGCCCGGGCCGGGGCCACAAAGUGUUUGUGGUGACCCGGGUGGAGAGUCCACCCGAGAGGGCAGAGCCUCCUGUGCCACCCGCCUCUCCUUCCCCACCUGCCCCUCCUUCCCCACCUGCCCCUCCUCGUCCUCCAUCCCCACCUGCCGUAUCCUUCCUGCCCACCUCACCUGCCCGGACGCCAGCUGAGGCCGCCAGCACUCGGGACCCAGGGUCGUCUGAGCCUCAGCCGGAGCCACCCCAGUCAGGGCCACCGCUGCCCAACGGCCUGAAGCCCGAGUUCGCUCUCGCACUGCCCCCGGAGCCGCCCCCAGGGCCCGAGGCCAAGGUGGGCAGCUGUGGCCUGGAACACGAGCUGAGCUGCUCCAAGAACGAGAAGGAGCUCGAGGACCUGCUUCUGGAGGCCAGUCAGGAAUCUGGGCAGGAGACACUGUGACACCUGAGGUGCGGUGAGGGCCUGGGGCCCCGGGAGCUGGGGAGCCAGUGACGGAGCGCCUGGCUCUGACAGGCGCCUCCCUGCGAUCUCUUCUCCCUAAGUUCCCUUCUUCCGGUCCGUCUUUGGAGAGCUGAGGCCAGAGCCAUGAGAAUCUGCUCACCCUCACCCCCAGCCUUCCUGAGGCCUGGGACCCCAGGGGGCGGGGGGCCUUCCUGGGGACCCCUGCCCCCACAGCAGCACUACACGGGGUGCAGGAGCUGCAGGGAGCGGCCCCCCCGCCCUGACUUAAGCACUUCUAUUUAUGUGUCUGACACUCGAAGACGGGGCUGGGGGUGGAUGGGAGGAGGACGCGGGGGAGGAGUGGAUACCGGCCACAGGGCCGGGCACCUUUCCCCAGGGCUCCAUGUGGCCAGGCUUGCCCCCGGUAGAGGUCAGGAGUCCUAGGUGGUGGCGGGAUGAUCCCCUGGUGGCCCCGGGCACAGGACCAGGCAGGAGGCAUGGCUUGGGAGGGGCGGUGAGUGAUGGUGGUGGUUGGAAUUUGUCGAGCAGCCCCAGGCGGGGUGAGGGCCUGGGCUGGGGUGGGUGGGGGAGAUCAGAGGAUCAGAGCUUUCUUUUUCUUAAGUGCAAUAAAUCUAUCAGGGAGCUGGGGUGGGGAGCAGCCAGGGCUUGGAGACCCUGCUGUCCGGGCCACUCGAGGCUGUGCCCUGAGAGGCACUACA